GGAAUGCAUUGACGUCAGAAGGAAGCUGCUGGGCACUGCGCGUGCACGCCCAGUUCUCAUUGAUUUAGCCGCUGCAGAAGCGGGCACGCGGCUCUUCAGCUGGAGAGAGUCGUAUCAAGAAGAAGAAGUGGAAAAGAGUGGCUCCUCCAGGAACCGACAUGGAGCGCAGCGAGGGAGCAGAACGAGGAGGCGAUGCCGCUCGUCUCCGCGUCUGAAUUCAGCGGUGACACCGAGGCUUUGGGAGGCUGCGGAGAUACGGAGCCGCUUGCAGUUAUCACGGGACAUUUGCGCAACAAUGGCAACCCCCCAGCAUUGAGGAACUCUUGACUCAGCCAACGUCCCUCCACCCUUUUGUUUCAACCAUGGACUCCUCAAGGGAUUUGACCUCAGCCCUGGACGGGCCUGCGGACCCCAGAGACUUCUCCGGUCGCUCCGAUCUCAGCGGCCUCUACCAUCUGGGCCGGACGCUGGGAAGGGGCCACUUUGCUGUUGUGAAACUGGGCCGUCAUGUCAACACGGGGCAACUGGUGGCUGUGAAGAUGAUCGAUAAGACUAAACUGGAUGUCAUGGCAACAAGCCACCUCUUACAAGAAGUCAGGUGCAUGAGGCUGGUGCAGCAUCCCAACGUGGUUCGGCUCUAUGAAGUCAUCGACACUCCCACCACGCUCUACCUGGUCAUGGAGCUGGCCGAAGGCGGUGACCUCUACGAUUACAUCCUGCGCCACGAAGGAGGCGUGGUGGAAUGCACCGCCAAGCGUCACUUUGCCCAGAUUGUGCGAGCGGUGUCGUACUGCCACCAGCUGCACGUGGUGCACCGGGACCUGAAGCCGGAAAACGUGGUGUUUUUCCCCCAGCAGGGCGCCGUCAAGCUGACAGACUUUGGCUUCAGCAAUUUAUUCCAGCCUGGGAUGAUGCUGGCCACCAGCUGUGGGUCGCUGGCUUAUUCUGCUCCAGAGAUCCUGCUGGGAGAGGAAUAUGAUGCUCCAGCUGUGGGUGAGAAACUCAAUCGUGUUUAUUUCCACUAGAGAAUGUUGGAUUUGGAUGAUUGAUUGUUUUUAUUGUGGGUCUAAAUCAUUUUUGAAACAUCAAAAACGCUUUAGUUUUUGAGGCAUUCUAAAUGUUUGCUUUAAGAAAACAUUUAUUUUUUCCUGACCAAAAAUUUCUGCAAACUCUGAAAACUAUCUACUAUUAAGCUAAUUCCGCAGUCCUAGAAUUGCAACUGACUCUCUUUGUAAUUUUUUAUUUCACUUUUGUACUCUAAAACUAUUACAUUUAUUCAAAUCUAAUAGUCUUAGAGUUAAUUCCUAGGCAACAAGUUGUGGACAAUUCGGAAAAAUGGUUUGAUUGUUGUUGCAGCCAAUAUUUGACAUAUGAACUAGAUGCUAAUGUCAGUUCACAUUUUGCAGCCCAUGCAGGGCUUAAAAAAAGUGAAAUAAAGCUUGACCCCCUUUAUUUCAGGGGUCAGUCAACAGCCAACAAGAUAAAAACAGCUUAAAAAAUGAUGAGUGUAUGCAUUCAUGUAUGCCCAUGGUGGAUUCAUGAGAGUGCAUUUCCAGUGCACUUAACUUAUGAAUGAAGUCUGCUGAUUUAAUUUGUCACUUAUGGGAGCUGCUCAAAAACAUUACAGUAAAGUAAAGAAUAAAACCAGAGAGAAGGAGAGUUAUUGUAGCACUUUUUGGCUUAAAAAGCUCUAGUUGUUACAUUGGUAUGAUGGAUGCAGUUGUCAGCAGCUCUAGUUCUACUAGAGCUAUCUCAAUAAAAGAUGGCCCUCAAAAAGGCUUUUUUCCAGAGCAACUUCUCGAAUUGGUAACUGUAAAAGGCUGCGUGUCCGUCUCUGCCCUCCUGACCCUGCGUGGGUAUUCCUCUCGUGUUUUCGUGUUCGCUCCUCUUCGUUCACGUGCCGACGUGUGAAUGCGCCGGGGUCUGAGCGCGUCUGCUGAGGAUUAGUGUUUGUAUUUGGGUCAGCCCGUUGUGAGCCAACCGGACUCGUUCUGCACUGCAGCCCUCCCUGCAGAGCAGGUCGCAGAGCGGAAACGGGAAGCUCUGUGCCUUUUCUGCUCGCUCUGAUUGGGAAGGCUGCGCUGAUUGUGGGAUUUGACAUUGCAGGAACAGAAGGGGAGCUGAGGGAUUUGGUUUUAUGUGUCCCAUUUGUGGGGUUGGAGGAGGAGGAGAAGGGAGAGGCGGAGGGGGAGGGUGUCUGCCUCAGGGAGGUAGUGGUCUUAUCUGCUAAGCUGGAAUAGGCUGGAUUUUUGUUUUGGCAGAAUCUGGCCCACUUCUUUACUCUGGUUGCAUCUGCACUGAAUACAUGCAACCCCACUGCAAUUAGUGCUCUCUUGUAGAAGGACAUUUGGUGCAUUUAAGUUGCAAAUGGGCUCCAAAUGACAGCAUGUGUAAUUUAAGUGCUUGUGAAUUGUCUGUUUUUAUUUUUCCAUGUGACCUUGCCCCGUGUAACAAUGGGAGGGGUGAUGAAGAAACGCAGCUCAACUUUCAGCACGACUCGCGAGUUGCAUCAGUUCCUUUUUCCUCGGGUCGGUUCCUGUUUCUGAAGGGACGUCCUAUUAAAUAAAUUUUUUUAUUAGCUCCUCUCAAGAACAUGCUCUGCUUCGUUGCAAAGGAAGUGCACUUUCUCUGCCCUAUUUUCAUAUCGUCCAGCGUGACUCAGCCUGUCGAUAACACGGCUUUGUCAUCGCUUCUAUAGAAACGUACUCUUCUGACUCCCUCGCUCAUGAACACAUAUGUAUUUAUGGAUGUAAUCCUGAGCUGCACGCCGGAGGAGAUGUCCCUCAGAGAUGUCUCGGCUUAGUGAGAUGACUCAUAAACCGUCACAAACACCGCGACUGCUCUCUGUGCCGCUCUAAGCAGGCCUCCUUCACUGUACAUGUGCGCUCUGUUUGAUGCGUGUUUCAUAAGAGGCAGAGAAAGAGGGAAGAUGUUCACAAGGCGUAAAAUGCAGUAAUAUGAGGUCGGUCCAUAACUUUAUACAUGCAAUCGACUGCAAACCUAAGAGAACUGCUGACAGAGUUGUGAAAUUCUUGUAAUCCUGUCACAUUCUUAAAGGGAUAAGUUAAUUUUUUUUUAUUAGGGUUGUGUUGACUACUUUUGAGUAGUCACCAUCUUUUCUACAUUAGACAUCACUUGGAAGAAUUUCAAAUUGGAGCAGCUGGGACACUCCCUAUGUACAGAAUGAAGAUAAAUAGGAGAAAUGUAGAACUCCCCCUAAAUCAGCUGAUUAGCAAAUACAGCUGAUUUAGCUGCUCAAUUUUCUCUUAAGGGGAGUUGAAAAUACUGACUGCCUGUAAAUACCCCCCUCACACACAAUCCUCACUUUGAAAAGUUCAAACUUUGCCAUUUUUAAAAUGGCAAAAUCUGAGCAGUGGGAUGAACCGAGUCUGACAGUUUGCGUCCUCAGACUCAGCUCCUCGGGUUAAAGUCUUUGCAAGUGUGAAAACACCUCAUGACAUCCUCUUAGCUCGCUGCCACAACACAUGCACCUCUCAUUUCUUUCUUGUUUUGUGGAAGCUGAAGGUCGGUUGCGAGGGGCACAUGGAAAGCCCCCUGCACUCAGAUCCUGUUAUAGAUCAGGAAAGAGCAGCACAGCCGGAGAGGCAUUUUCUUCUUUUUUUUUUUUUUGUAACAAAACCCCUUUGUGUUUUCACAUCAACCUGAAGGCUGGUGAUUUGUUUAUACCAACAAUUAAUGUUCCAGUGCUUGGAAAGGACACGAUCUUCACAGCAACACAGUAUAAUAAUAACAAAAAGAAAAAGUUAGCUUUGUAACAAAAUCUACAAACAGAAUUUU